GUGAUUGCUAAAUAUUUUGUGGAUUUCUGUAAAAUAGAAAAUUAAAAAAUAGUUGCACAGCAGUUUCUUUCAUUGUGAAUUGAUAAAUAACAAUUUUAUAACCACAAUGACAAUGGGUGAUGAACUGCCUGUUACUUCUUUAGUUUUACCUGUCCUCAUACGUCCCGUUUUAACACAGUUGGAGAAGUAUGAUUUGGGUGCAUCCCAGACACUGCGCGCUGCUCUUACAAAGGCAGAGGCAGCAGUGCCUGGGCUCAACUAUGACCUGGUAGCAGGGAUCAUGAGGAGGGCUGAUAUUCCAGUGAACAUGAAUGAGAGUUUGCUUCGUCUUCAAGGAACCUUAACAGAAGCUGAAUGUGCAGACUUAAGACUGAACAGGACAGAAGAAGCAUUCCAAGAAUUGAAUAAGAAGUCUACAGCCUUGAAGAAAAUUCUGAGUCGCAUCCCUGAUGAGAUCACUGAUCGCAAAACAUUUUUGGAGACUAUCAAAGAAAUUGCUUCAGCCAUUAAGAAAUUGCUUGAUGCUGUGAAUGAAGUUUCUACAUAUACACCAGGCACUGGCAAACAGGUUCUAGAACAGAGGAAGAGAGAGUUUGUGAAGUAUUCCAAGAGGUUUUCCAACACUUUGAAGGAAUAUUUCAAGGAGGGACAGGCCAAUGCAGUCUUCGUGAGUGCUCUAUACCUGAUACAUCAGACCAAUCAAAUCUUGUACACUGUUAAAAGUAAGUCUGAGUAAAAUGUUAAGGGAACAGAAGGCAGU